GGGUCUCUGUUACAAGUUCUUUGCGUUCAUGUUUAUUUCUGGAUUCACUUGUUCUGGAGUCACAGCAGCUCUCCAGACUCAGUCACUUCUGUAUGUUGCAGCUGAUAGUGAGAUGAAUGUAGUGUGAUGUUGUGAUGUUGUGUAGCUGCUGCAUGGAGAGAAGAAGCGCGCGACGGACCGGGAGCAGCGCCAGCAAAAAACCGACUUCCCCCCAGUUCCUCAGACCUCACAGCUGCUAUAAAGGCAGCACAAGAAACAUCGAAGCUGGAGUAACAAGUCCUACUGUUGGUCAGAAACGGCAGGAAAAGAAAAAGAAAAAAAGCUCCAGGCUCUGUUUACCUACAGGACAGCACUGCUCCACUGCUCCACAGGGAUGAAGGCUUUUCUAGGAGUGGUCAUGGCGCUUGUACUUGUGAGAGCGCAGGGCACGAAGCCGAACCACGGCAACUGCGCGGAGCAGUACUGCAUUACUGUACACACAGAGCUGGUGGAUUUUAAUUCAGCACAAAAGUCCUGUAAGGAUAAAGGAGGCCAUUUAAUGACUGUACGAACAAUAGCAGUAAGCAACGUCAUUGCAGAUCUGCUAACUGGACACACUGGAAACUUCUGGAUUGGUUUAAGGUACAUGAGUGAGUCCUGCGCAGGAUCAAGCCUUGAUCUGAAAGGAUACACAUGGAUAACUGGAGAUGAAGCAACCAAUUUCACAAACUGGAAGAACCAUGAAAGCAUCUGCUCUCAGAGAUGUGUGUCACUAUCUAGAGAUGAUCCAGAAUGGACCGAAAGACACUGUAAUCAUGUGAUUGAAGGAUAUUUGUGUGAGUACAAUAACACUAAUAAGUGCCCGCGACUUACAUCCGAGUCGUCAUUUCUGUACGAAACUCCUUUUGGAUUUGCCGGAGAGGAUCUACAAGAAGUGCCCAAUGCCAGCAAUGCAACACACCAACAUCUGGGAACAAAAUACAUCUGUUUUGAUGGCUAUUGGCGUAAAGCACCUUGGAAUUGUGAAGUUUAUAAAGGAGGUUGUGAGCACGACUGCCACAGGUGGAAUGAUACGUUUAUUUGCACCUGCCUUCCAGGCUAUAAGCUUGAAAGUAAUGCGGUCCGCUGUAGCAAGGUACACAGUGACCCAUGUCUGCAGGCAAAUUGUUCUCAAGAAUGUGUAGUGAAGGGAAAUAAUCAUGUUUGUCAGUGUCAUAAUGGAUAUGAACUUGCGGAGGACGGAAAGACCUGCAAGGAUAUUGACAACUGUGAUGAUAAAAGUCUGUGUCCAGGAGAAAAUUCCUACUGCGUCAACACUGCUGGUGGCUUCAAGUGCCACUGUAAGAACGGCUUUACGAAGGAAAAGGACACAUGUGAAGAUGAUGACGAAUGUUUUUUUGGACCGUGUGAACACACGUGCAAUAACACCAUAGGUAGUUAUCAGUGUGAAUGCUCCGAGGGAUACAGAGUGUCCUCAGAGGACAGACACAAAUGUACACUUUAUUGUCCACAGUGGGAAUGUCCGGCUGUAGCCUGUGACAUUAACAAACCUUUUCAGUGCUCCUGCCCAGUGGGCUUCGUUCUAGAAGAACGGCAAAGUGAUUAUUUUUGCAUUGAUAUAGACGAGUGUGAAGCAUCAAGUUGUGACCAAAAUUGCACAAAUACUCCUGGGAGUUAUAUCUGUUCUUGUUAUGAAGGAUUUCAUCUCAGUGGUAAUACCAAAUGUAUUAAGACAGAAGGAUUAAGCACAACAGAAUCUGUUAGCAUCUCUACACCUACAAGCAGGUCUCCCCCAAUCGAUACAGCGUCGUUCUUCUCAGCUGGAGGACUUCUUGGAAUAAUUGUGUCCCUUGUCGUGGUAAUUCUGCUGAUGGUCUGUGUCAUUCAUCACAGUAUGAAGCGCUGUGGGAAAAUUACUACAGACAAAGGCCGCAGCAAAGAUGUGCAUGCUUUGGAGCAAGUCACUACAGAAAAAUAUGUCAAAAAACGAUCUAUCACAAACGUUAAUUACAGUUAAAUUUAAAAUGAGGAAUUAUAUGCUUUAUACGAAUAAGUUUUAUACGAAUAAGUUUUAUACAAAUAAGUUUUAUACGAAUACUUAUAGAGUUAGAGUUAGCCACAGUUAGGAAUUUCAGAAAUAUACUAGGACUUUCUUAAAUAUUUUUUAAGACAAAAAUAAAUGGAAAAGGGAAUCUGCAGAAAUUAAUAGACAAAGCCCUGAAUGUAGUAUCUGCUCAGUCAUUAACACACACACACACACACACACACACACACACACACAUGUACACACAGAAGCAUUUAAAGACUCUAAUUGUUUUGUUUAUUUAUUAUAAGUAAGCUAUGCAAAUAUUCAGCUGUGACUUGUGAUGCAAACAUUUAUAUUUUAAAAUGCUUAUACAUAUGAAUAUGGAAUACACACAGAGCAAAGACUAGAGGGAUAGUUAUGUAAUAUUUAUUUAUAAAUACAGACUUUUAAGGAAAUACUCAUUAAAAAAUGUAAUAAACUUUUGUUUUAUAUCCAUCCUAA